AUGAAGCUGAAGUUUCCAAUCUCCCUGUUCCAGCCCCACCCUGCCCCACCCCUGUUCCUGUUCCACCACCCCACCCCUGUUCCCCACCCCACCCUGUUCUGUUCCCACCUGUUCCCACCCACCUCCUGUUCCAGUUCCCACCCCACUCCCAGCCUGUUCCCUGUUCCCCACCCCAGCUCACUCUGUUCCCAGCCCUGUUCCAGCCCACCCCACUCCCACCCCUGUUCCUGUUCCACUCCCACCCACCUGUUCCCAGCUUCCCACUCCCCACCCCACCUCUGUUCCAGUUCCCCCACCCUGUUCCCCACUCCCCAGCCCCUGUUCCUGCCUGUCCUGUUCUGUCUGUUCACCCAGCCUCCACCCUGUUCCCCACUCCAGCCUGUUCCACUCACCCCUGUUCCCACCCCAGCCCUGUACUCCCAGCCCCACCUGUUCCACUCCAGCUCCCACCCACUCCAGCUCCAGCCCCUGUUCCUCAGCCCCACCCCUGUUCCCACCUCCAGCCCCAGUUCCUGUUCCCACUCCCUGUUCAGCCUGUUCCCACCAGCCCCAGCCCAGCCCCACCACCCCAGCCUCAGUUCCACCUCUGUUCACCCCACCCCCAGUUCCUGUUCCCAAAUUCCUGUUCCCACCAUCUCUGUUCCCACCCUGUUCCCACUCCCUGUUCACCCCAAAUUCCCACCCUGUUCCACCACCCCACCCUGUUCCCCACCCCACCCCAGCCCUGCCCACCUGUUCCCCACUCCACCAGCCCCUGUUCCAGCCCCUGUUCCCCACCUGUUCCACCCCACCACCUCAGUCUGUCCAUCUGUUCCACCCCACCUGUUCCUGUCUGUUCCUGUUCCUGUUCCUGUUCCACCCACCAGCCCUGUUCCAGUUCCCACCUCCACCCUCCCCACUGUUCCACCCUGUUCCUGUCUGUUCCCAGCCCCACUGUUCCUGUUCCUGUUCCCACUGUCCCACUGUUCCACCCAGUCUCAGCUUCCCACCUGUUCCUGUUCCUGUUCUGUUCCUGUUCCAGCCCCACUCACCUGUUCCUGUUCCCACCUGUUCUCCCAGUUCCACUCGUUCCCACCUGUUCCUGUCUCCCACUCCACCUGUUCCACCUGUUCCCACUCCCACCCCUGUUCCACCAGUUCUGUCACCUCACCUGUUCCCAGCUCACUCCAGCCCCACUCCACCUGCUGUUCACUCACCACCUGUACUCCCAGCUCCCCAGCCCCACCCUGUUCCAGCUCCACUCCAGCCCAGUUCUCCCUGUUCCACCCCACCAGCCCCAGCUCCCCACCCCAGCUCCUGUCUGUUCCCUGUUCCCCCCAGCCCCACCCCCCACCCCUGUUCCCAGCCCACACCCACCUGUUCCCACCCCACCCCACCCCACCAGUUCCUGUCCCACUCCUGUUCCUCUGUUCUGUUCCCACCCUGUUCACCCCAGUUCCCACCACCACCCACCCUGUUCCCAGCCCUGUCCCCACCCUGUUCCCACCUGUUCCUGUUCCUGUUCUGUUCCCUGUUCAGCCCCAGUCUCCACCUGUUCACCCUGUUCCCAGCCCCACCCCAGUUCCACCACCUGUUCCCCAGUUCCCAGUUCACCCCACCUGUCCCUGUUCCCAGCCCAGCCCCACCUCCCAGUCUCACCCCACCUGCCUGUUCCCCACCCAGCCUCCAGCUCCCCCAGCCCCACCCCAGCUCCUGUUCAGCCAGCCCACCCAGCCUCAGCCCUCAGCCCCCACCCACACCAGCCUCCACCAGCCCCAGCCCACCCCACCACCCCAGCUCCAUAAUCUUAGUUCUGUAGCUUUUAGCUUAGUUCCCAGCUUAGCUGCUUACUAG